CUCUGCUCUACAAGCCUGUGGACCGCGUGACCCGCAGCACCCUCGUGCUCCACGACCUGCUGAAGCACACGCCCGCCGGGCACCCCGACCACCCGCUGCUGCAGGACGCCCUCAGGAUCUCCCAGAACUUCCUGUCCAGCAUCAACGAGGAGAUCACGCCGCGCAGGCAGUCCAUGACGGUCAAGAAGGGCGAGCACCGGCAGCUCCUGAAGGACAGCUUCAUGGUGGAGCUGGUGGAGGGGGCGCGCAAGCUGCGGCACGUCUUCCUCUUCACCGACCUCUUCCUGUGCGCCAAGCUCAAGAAACAGAUGGCAGGGAAGAGCCAGCAGUACGACUGCAAGUGGUACAUCCCGCUCACAGACCUGAGCUUCCAGACGCUGGACGAGGCCGACAUGGCGCCCGCCAUCCCCCUGGUGCCCGACGAGGAGCUCGACGCCAUGAAGACGAAGAUCUCCCAGAUCAAGAGCGACAUCCAGCGGGAAAAGAGGGCCAACAAGGGCAGCAGAGCCCUGGAGCGGCUGAAGAAGAAGCUCUCGGAACAAGAGUCUCUGCUCCUGCUCAUGUCGCCCAGCAUGGCCUUCAGGGUCCACAACCGCCACGGCAAGAGCUACACCUUCCUCAUCUCCUCCGACUACGAGCGCGCCGAGUGGAGGGAGCACGUGCGAGAGCAGCAGAAGAAGUGCUUCAAGAGCUUCUCGCUGACCUCGGUGGAAAUCCAAAUGCUGACCAACUCGUGCGUCAAGCUCCAGACGGUCCACCACAUCCCGCUGACCAUCAACAAGGAGGAUGACGAAGCAGCCGGCCUCUACGGGUUCUUGAACGUCAUCGUCCACUCGGCCACGGGAUUCAAGCAGAGCUCGAAUCUCUACUGCACUCUGGAGGUGGACUCCUUCGGCUACUUCGUGAACAAGGCCAAGACGCGCGUCUACAGGGACACGACGGAGCCCAACUGGAACGAGGAGUUCGAGAUCGAGCUGGAGGGCUCCCAGACCUUACGGAUUCUGUGCUACGAGAAAUGCCACCACAAGGCCAAGCUCCCCAGGGACGACGGCGAGCCCACAGACCGCAUGAUGGGCAAAGGGCAGAUGCAGAGACCGGGCCUGCUGGGGCUGCCGGCAGGAAGGGUGGGCAGGCGCCCAUCUAUUCGGGAGGUGCCAGGCCCCGAGCUGUGGCCACAGGAGCUGGAGGGCACUGCUCGAGGCUUCCUCGCCACGGCGCCCGCCUUGGAGUAGGCCGGGCUGCCCAGGACGGGGACGGGGAGGGCCGCCUCCAGCCACGGCCACCACUCGGAGGUGCCGGGCAGGCUGGAGGCUCGAGGACCCAUGAUGGGAGGAGGGCAGAAGGAGCCGGCAGGGAAGGCCGCCCCC